AUGGUUUUAUCUACUAGAAUAUCUAUUCAAUGGCCACCAAAAGAAGCUGAAGAGAAAACCAGUACUUUAGCAUUAACUACACCUGGGGAUAAUUAUGUUGACAUUAGAAUAUUUAAAACUCAUUAUCCAUAUCCAUCUUCAUCUUCAUGUUCAAGUUCAAGUUCAUAUUCUUCAUUACCAUUUGAUCAAAUAUUUGAAAUUGGAUUAGCUGGUAAAGAGAUUGCCUUAGAUAAUGAUAAGAUAAAAUUUGAUAAUUAUAUCAAUACUUUAGCAUUACAAGAAAGUAUUAAAUCUGGAUCAUCAAUUCAAAUUGAUUCAGAUAUUGGACAUUUUUCCAAUCAUGGAUUAGAUAGGAAAGAAACAGGAGAAAUGAAGAAUUCUGAAGGUAUUAUUGCUCCAUAUAUUGAGAUUUGGAGAUCAUUAGAUCCAUUAAGACAUACACCAGAUAGAGAAGUUAGAGAGAAUGUUAAUAAUGAAUAUAUGAAUGUUUUCACUUUGAAAUUAAUUGAUCAUUUGGGGGUAUUGAUUCGGAUAGGUAAUUGGAUACAAGGUAUUAUACAAGAAGGACAAUCUAUUCAUGUAAUUAGAAGUUGGUAUAAUGAAAAUUUAGGGGAAUGGUGUAAUUUGAUUGAAUAUGGUGAUAAGGAUGUUUUCCCUGUAGAAUUUAAUGGGAAAAUUGAUGAAAUUGUCAUAGUUAGUAAUGGUUGGAAAUGGAAAUGUAUAGAAAAAGAAUAA